GUUGAAGGAGUGACGUCUUGAAGCAAUUAGCACAGUACUUGUGCCCGUUAUCCUUGUUUACAGUCAUCACAUUCGCGGCACUCCUGUGCAUACUUUCAUCAAUAUUUUAGGCUGACUGCUCGAAGUCACUUCUAGGGUAUUAUAUGCAUCGGUAAGCGCGAGCGGCGCCACGACGCCGCCGCCGCCAGAAAUGGAGCCGGAGCCUGGUAACAGCCAGGGCCAAAAGAAUGUUGAUUCUAGGCAGGGACCCACGGAUACAGAAGACCCUAGGUACCAAAGGCUUAAGCGGACUCAAGUAGAAGGUUUUGAUGGCCCCGUGCCCGAGGAGUAUGAGCGGCUUGUGGAGCCUCAUGUGGCGUCCUUCAACUAUUUCAUCACAGAGGGCAUCGAGCUCUUGGCUCAGAGCAUGGAGCCCGUCGAGAUCGAGAUCCCCUCGACCGGCCGCACGCUGCGCAUGUGGUGGACGGACCUGCGUGUGGAGCGGCCGGUGCGCGAGGAGGUGCUCAAGGGCGUGGGCAUGCUGUCGGUGUCGGGCAGCCAGCUCGCCAACACGCGCAUCAUGCCGCGGGACUGCAGGGAGGCGGGCACCACCUACAAGGGCAGCCUGGUGGCCACGCUGAACUACCAGGAGGGGGAUGGGCAGCCGUACACGAUUGAGAAGAAGCUGGGCGGCAUGCCCAUCAUGGUCCGCUCGCGCGCCUGCUGGCUGGCCGACAUGAGCCGCUCGGAGCUGGUGGCGGCGCGCGAGGAGGCCAACGAGAUGGGCGGCUACUUUGUGUGCAACGGCAUUGAGCGCAUCAUCCGGUGCCUGGUGGUGCAGCGGCGGCACUACAUCAUGGGGCUGCGGCGGGGGGCCUACCACAAGAGAGGAGCAAACUACACGGAUGCGGCCACACUCGUGCGCUGCGUGCGCCCCGACCAGUCCUCAGCCACCGUGCGCUGCCACUACCUCACGGACGGCACCGUCAACUUCGCAUUCACCAUGCGGAGGGCGGAGUACUUCAUACCCGCGGGAGUGCUGCUCAAGUGCUUCCUGGAGGUCAGCGAUCGGGAGCUGUACGGCAAGCUGGUGGCGGGAGCGGCCCCCGGCAGCGGCGCGGCCGCCUUCCUGGCUGAGCGCGCGGAGCUGCUGCUGCGUCAGGCGGACCGUCCCGACCUGCGCACCCGCACGCAGUGUGUGGAGUACCUGGGGAAGCACUUCCGGGUGGUGCUGGGGCAGCCGCCCUCGGCAUCGGACUACCAGGUUGGCCAGGCGCUCCUGCGCGAGUACGUGUUCAUCCAUCUGGCCCCCGACCGCCCCGCCGACAAGCUGGCCCUGCUGCUGGCCAUGCUGCACAAGCUGUACGCGCUGGUGUCGGGGGCGGCGGUGGAGGAUAACCCGGAUGCGCUCACGCACCACGAGAUCCUGCUGCCGGGCCACCUGCUGCUCAAGUUCCUGAAGGAGAAGAUGCAGGACUCGCUGGAGGUGCUGAAGGCGUUCAUUCGCAAGGACGUGGUCAGCAAGCCCUCCUCGGUCAACUUUGACGACCAAAAGUACAUCACCACCGUGGCCGCCAAGCUGCCCGACGUGGGUGCGCGCUUCGAGUACCUGCUCAACACGGGCAACCUGGUGUCCAAGAGCGGACUGGACCUCAGCCAGGCAACAGGCUUCACGGUGGUGGCUGAGAAGCUCAACUUCUUCCGCUACCUCUCCCACUUCCGCUCCGUGCACCGCGGCGCCUACUUUGCGGAGAUGCGCACCACCACCGUGCGCAAGCUGCUGCCCGAGUCCUGGGGCUUCAUGUGCCCCGUGCACACCCCCGACGGGGCGCCCUGCGGGCUGCUGAACCACUUCACCACCCAGUGCGGUAUUGUGACGUACGAGGACCCGGAGCGGACCAAGACGGAGAUCAGCAUCAUGACGGUCCUCACCGGCCUGGGCAUGCUCCCCUCCGCGCCCGCCCUCACCCCCCCGCCCCCGCCCGACUACCUCUCCGUCAUGCUCGACGGCCGAGUGGUGGGUUACGUGCGCAGCGGCGCCCCCGCUGCAGCCCUGGUGGGGAGGCUGCGGGAGAUCAAGGCGGCGGCGCUUCUGGCGUACGACACGGGUGCCGUACCGGGGGAGCUGGGGCUGGAUCUGCAUGAACAGUCGGUGCCGUACCAUCUGGAGAUCGUACACAUCCCGCCGCUGGUGGGCGGCCCCUUCCCCGGCAUUUUCCUGUUCACGCAGUCGGCCCGCGUGACACGGCCGGUGCUGCAGAUGAGCAGUGGUCGCCGCGAGCUGCUGGGCUCCUUGGAGCAGUGCUUCAUGGCCAUCCAGUGCCCGGACGGGGGACACGGGGGCUCGCCGGGGCUUGCGUUCACGCACCGGGAGCUGGGAGCAGGCAGCAUGCUCAGUGUGGUUGCCUCCAUGACCCCCUACUCCGACUUCAAUCAGUCGCCCCGCAACAUGUACCAAUGCCAGAUGGCCAAGCAAACCAUGGGCACCCCGGGGCAGGCGCUGCCGCACCGCACGGACACCAAGAUGUACCGACUGCAGACGCCGCAGGCGCCCAUCUGCCGUACCAUUCGUUACGCGGACUACAAGAUGGACGAGUUCCCCAACGGCACCAACGCCAUCGUGGCUGUGCUGGCAUACACAGGCUACGACAUGGAGGACGCCAUGAUCCUCAACAAGUCAUCCAUGGAGCGCGGCCUGUGCCACGCCUCGCUCUACAAGACGGAGACGGUGAACCUGCGCGAGGAGCGGGGCCCCAAGAGCGUGUUCGCCGCUGAGCCGCAUGACAACCACUCCAAGAUGGCGCUGUCCCGCCGUACCAAACCCGUGGGCGCGUUCGGCCAGCGCUACCCGCAAAACGUCCCCGCCGCCUCCUCCAGCCCCGCCGUAGCCCCACGCAAACCCGAUGAAGGGGACCGGCCGGUGCUGGUCCCGGAGCCCUUCAACAAGGACGGGGACCGCAUCGAACCCGACGGCCUUCCCGCGGUUGGGUCCAUUAUCUGGCCCGGGCAAACGUUUUACUGCACGCGUGACGAGACCACCGGGAAAUACAAGACGCAUAAGCUCAAGGGAGAGGAGGUGGCGGUGGUGGAUCAGAUUACGCUGAUCGGUGGAGGGUCGACGAGGGCGGGGGCUCGAGGGAGGGGCGGCGCGACGAUGACAGGCGGAGGAGAGGCGCCGCAGCAGGCGAAUAUUCGGUUGCGGUUUAACCGUAACCCCAUGAUUGGUGACAAGUUCGCGUCGCGUCACGGUCAGAAGGGUGUGCUGUCGAUCUUGUGGCCGGAUGUGGACAUGCCCUUCGCCGAGUCGACGGGCAUACGCCCGGAUCUCAUCAUCAACCCGCACGCCUUCCCCUCGCGUAUGACCAUUGGCAUGUUGGUGGAGAGCCUGGUGUCCAAGGGAGGCGCGCUGGCGGGGCAGUUCGUGGACGCGUCGCCCUUCCAGCGGUCAGACGGGGUGGAGAAAGGCAACCCCGUGGAGCGGUGGGGCGCCUACCUGGAGCGCCAGGGCUUCUCACGCUACGGCCAGGAAACCAUGGUCAGCGGCGUGACCGGGCAGCAAAUGCCCUGCGACAUCUACAUCGGGCCCGUCUACUACCAGCGCCUGCGUCACAUGGUGUCCGACAAGUUCCAGGUUCGAUCCACGGGCCCCAUCAACAACCUCACGCGCCAGCCCAUCAAGGGACGCAAGUUUGGCGGCGGCAUCCGCUUCGGCGAGAUGGAGCGCGACUCGCUGCUGGCGCACGGUGCGGCCUACCUGCUGCAUGACCGACUGCACGCCUGCUCGGAUUACCAUGUGGCGGAUGUGUGCACGUGCUGCGGGUCGCUGCUGGCGCCGCUGAGGAAGCCGGUGGCGGUGGCGGAUGUGACCUCGAACCUGCUGCUGGCUGGCGGCUCCGACAACGGCGGCAAGACCGUGUGCCCUCAGUGCUCGCCCACCUCCUCCGCCACCAUCGAGCGGGUGGCGCUGCCGUACGUGUUCCGCUACCUGGCCACCGAGCUGGCGGCCAUGAACAUCAAGAUGGAGCUGGAGCUCAAGUGAGGAGGGAGCUGGGAUGAGGGGGCUGGGAGCUAGGGCUGGGAGGAGGAGGCACUGGGCUGGGCUGAUGAGGGGGCAACGGGCUGCGGAAGUGCGGUGGAAGUGGCUAUUCAGGAAGGGCCUGAGGGGGCUGAAUUGUUGGGGAAGGAGCCAUAAGGAGCGUGGAGGUGGAGCAGUUGUUGCGCAGCUGCCAUCACCGCAGCGGUAGAAACGGCGCCAUGCAAACGGCGUCAGCAUCUGGUGUUUUACGGGUUGAGCUGGAUUGGAAACGUUAGCUUGCGGCUGCGGAGGUAUUUGUAGAAUUGUGUUGGAAGCGCACAGCCGCACGCACGUAGUGGAUGAAAGGCACGCAGGACCCGCAAGAGGGAGCUUGGAGGAGGGGAGGAGGGGCGGCGGUGGGCGUGUUCCCUGCGCUGAUGUGGCAGUAGUUGUGAACAGUGAGCGCUGCGCUAUCCGGAGUGAUGUGUGUCCAGGUAGGCUUAAGUUGAUGUGAUACCGUAUGCUUUUUUGGGAUUGUGGUAAGGGCGGGACUGUAACCGGGGGGUUUAUGCGUCUAGGGGUAGAAGGUCUAUGUCAACGAGCCGCGAUAG